GAGAUUUGUGAGUUGUAGUCUAUUUCCAUUUCAUUGGUGAGUAUUAUGAUUAUUUUUGAACACUGAUGAUAAAAUAACUUCCUUUUAACAUAUGUAUUUAGAUUUUUUUAAAUUUUGAAUUGGACUAACUACAAGGACUAAAGACUAUCCUUCCAUAGUCCGACACUUGUUUUGAGUUUGUUCUUGCGCAACAAACUUUUCAUUAUUGAAAAUCAUUUUGGCAAUUUCUGUCGGCAUAACCAUAACACACUUUGGGGAUUUUAGUUUUAUCAUAUCUUAAAACACACGUUUGCCAAUUGCCAGACUCAUGGAGCCUAGCUGGUGGAUCUUAAUUUCUCAUUCCUCUUUCAUCUUAUCUGUCAUACUCAAAAAACACUAUUUAAAUGUUAUUGGAAUAACACUUUAUUUGGUAGUUGGUUCAAUUGUGAUUUAAAAACCUUUGUACUUAACAUAAAUUAUGAAUAAUAUUUUCAAUAUUCGUUCUGUGUUUAUUUUUUCUAGUAUCCAUACUUUUUUUUGGGGGGGGGGAACAUUUAUUGUUUGAUGUUAAAAUAAAAUAAAUGAAAAGACUACAACUCGUGUCACAUGAUUAAAGAACCCGGAAAUACAAAGUCUGCUGCCGAGUGACGGGUUGUUACGAGAUCUUAACGGGAAGAGGCUACGGUAGAUAAGUAAUAAUAUAAAAACAAAAGUGCAUUUUGUUAUGCCUUUAUUGAACCUCAGUGUAUGAUAUAUUGAAAUCGUUGAUUUAAACUAAGCUAAGCUGUACAUCCGACACUACUGUUUGUUUAUAUUCAUGGACAAAGAUAAGUGUAGCGACAUUCGUGCUCCGUGCUCCUGGAUGGAGAUGCAUCAGAUCAUUGGUGACCUUAUCACAUCUGGAAACUCCAUGAAGGAUCACCCAGAUGUGCUGAACCCAGCAUGGGGUGUGCCUGCUGCAGCUGCUGCUGGUAGUGGAGUUGAGGGUCUGCGAUUCAAAGACUCUUCACUUGAACCUGCACAACAACCUCCAUCCGCCCGGGAUAAGCCAGAAUCACAAACCGGCCGACAGCUCCAGCCUAGGGCGUCACAGAGGAAGGGACAGGCGGCCAAAGACAGAAGAGAAGAUGUGCAUAACACCUGCACCUGUCCUGGCUGCCCUUACUCCACUUAUCCUUCUUCCUUCGAUAAUUUCAAACCCAGACAAUCUUUGUCCUCACCCCCACGUGCUAGUGCAGUAUGCCACCCCAAAGACUUCAGCAAUACUGCUCCAAAAAGCGUCAGCAUGUGCCUACCAGACGCCAGUGAACCCAGCAGCACAACACCUGAGCUGGAGAGCAGGGCGUCCAGUCGUUCAUCUCUGGGCUCAGUGUCCCACCUUUCCGUGUUUCCCUGCUUGUGUUGCCAUCACCUGCAAACCUGCACCCAGAUACUGAGCCAGCAGGAAGGCACUGACCCCCGUUUUUCUCACACCCAUCAUCCCUUUCAUGACCACCACUGUCCUUUAACAUCUUGUGUACCUUGCCCUCAGCUCUCCAGCCCUUUCCACUGCUUGCCUUGCCAGCGCUCUUUACCCACCUGCUCUCACCAGCACAGACAAACACACUCUCAGCAACAAGAAGAAAGAGGACUGGCGCCUACGAGCAUGUUGUCGCUGCAUCCCUGCAUGCACUGCUCUGCCUCUUUUUCCAGACCGUCCCAGUUGCUGCAGCACCAGCGCUCUGAACAUGGCAACAAACCAUCCGGCUUCCUCUGCACGGAGUGUGGCAGGGCCUUCAACUCGCACAGCAAUCUGCGCAUCCACCUCAACGUGCACACCGGCGCCCGACCAUACUCCUGCUCUGACUGUGGAAAGAGUUUUAGCCAGUCGGGGGCUCUGAAGAUACACAGGCGAAUUCAUACAGGCGAAAGGCCGUAUUCCUGUGGAUUUUGUGGCAGGGGGUUUCCCCAUCUUGCAGGGGUCCGAGCCCAUCAGAGGACCCACACAGGAGAGAAGCCUUACUGCUGUAGCCAGUGUGGAAAAUGUUUCACCCAGUCAGGAGCUCUUAAGAUCCAUAUGCGCAUCCACACAGGGGAGAGACCCUUCAUCUGCAGCUUCUGUGGCAAAGGCUUCUCUAACCGCUCCGGGAUACACUUCCACUACCGCACAGUCCACGGGCUGGCCCCAGAACACGGAAAAAGUGGAGAUGCACAUCGAGGUACAGCAGGUCGUAGUUGUCAUCCUGGGCGCCCCAGGACUUUUCCUGAAGCAGGCGUCGGGCUAAAUACACCGGACGCUCUGGAUACAAACUCACAAACAAACCCUGGUUCGGCCUGCUCAUCUGGUAAUGAGAAAAAAUCUCAGUCAGGGGCAGCAAAUCCAGGCAGCAGCAGAGAGGGGCUUCUGUAUGCAUGUGAAGACUGUGGCCUGCGCUUUAAGGACGCCCCGUCCAGGAACAGACACCAGACUCUGAUGCACUACUCCUCUGAAGGGAGGGAUGAGGAGGGGCAGGGGGAAGAGAUGAGCACAAACAAGAGGGUCCACAAUAACAGUGAUACUUUACAACAGGCUAACAACAUCCAACCUUUGGAGUGAAUAGUUCUUAAAAAACAAGUGUUGAAAUGAUGGGAGCAAUAUAGUAUUUGAUAUAGCUCUACAUCUCUUAGCGGUAUUAUUUAGACCUAAAUGUUUAAUUUAAUUUUUAACACUAAAACUGAUUUAAUUAAAGGUUUUUGUUAAUCUUAACUUCAGAAGUUCAAUCAUUCUUGUUUGAAACCUAACCGUUGGAUAAUAUAUCCUAUUGGUGAAGUAUCCAGCUGCCUGUUUCAUGUCUAUUUUAAAAUAACCUUAAUGCUUUAAUCACACACCUAGCCAAUUAAUGAAAUGCCAAUCAUAGUUUUUAUUAUUAUGCCUUACUCAGCAGUGGUAGAGGUAAGCCAAUUUAUUGCAAAAUGUGGCAUCACAAAAAAUUCUAGAAGAUUAUAUUACAUUUAUGAGGUUCUUUUAUUAACAUUUUCACAAAUAAUGGCAAACUUCCACGGUCACUUUACCCUUAUUAUAUAAAAGGCCUUAGGAGAAAGGACAAUUUUCUAUCUUCUUCGUUUCCACAAAGUGUUGACAGAUCGGUAUAAUUAAAUGUUUGUUAGUAAUUCUAUCUGUUUAAGACCUGUAUUUUCCCUUAAAGAAAUCUUGGCAUCAUGGCAUAGAUAAUUAAAGCAGGAAAUACAGAGGUAAAUACAAUUAAAUUACUGUACAGUGAGAAAAGCUAACAAAAAACAAGGCCACAUAUUGGAAAUGUUUAUGUUUUGUGUGUUGCUUUAGGACGCUGCAGUAGGUUGGAUUACUGGGGAUUCAUCCACUCUAAUCUCCACACCAUCUUGCCUGGUGUGCCUUUCUGUGUUAUACUAAAAGCAUUUAUAAAAAAAAACAUGUUUGUUACUAUUUAUGUUUAUAAAUGGAUGACAAUUAUCUGAGGAGUGAGAAAAAGCAGACAGUAAAACACUUCAUUGCUGUUUAAAGCUCGAGGGAGCCCUCUAGUGGUUAUUCUUCAUCAUAGCAACAAUAUGAACCACUUUGUUACAGUGUACCAUUUACAGUGCUUCUUAAAUGUUCGUUUUUUGAGCAAAACAUGUACAUACAUUGUGAAUAAAAUGUUCUGUGAGAACAAGUAACAUUACCAAUACACUUUGUUUGCAUUAACCUGUUAAACACUCUGAAGCAUACAUUGCCGUAUGUGUUUUCUGAAAGUGCAGCUUGUGAUUAAACCUGUGCGACACCA